CGCGCUCUCGAGAUGGCGCGUACUCGCGUAUUUAAAUAACAAGAGAUUCUCGUUGACAGUAGACACAGCGGUUUAUCUUCUUGGGUUGUAGAGAUCCUUGUGGAAUUCUCGUCUGAAGUCAAGUAGUCUUUUAUAAUAAAGACUUGGGAAUAAAGAGCAUCAGCCUUCAGCCUUGAAUUUUGAUGGAGACUAUGGAGGGAAGGGUGAAUACAUUUUUAAAUGAAAUUGAAAGAGAAGUCACCAGACAAGACUUUGAAAAUUCCUGGAAGAAAAUCCUUAAUGGCAGUGCUGCUCUGACGUUCCUAGCUGUGGUUUUUGGCAUUCUAGGCAAUGGAGCAGUGAUUUGGUUGAUCAUCUUCAAGAUGAAGAGGUCCCACGUCAAUAUAUGGUUUCUGAACCUGGCAAUCUCUGACUUUCUGAUUUUGUUCUUUCAGUCCUUCCAGGCGGUUAGUUAUGUCCUAAAAUACUGGCCGUUUGGUAUACCAUUCUGCAAGCUGACCUUGUAUGUAUCAACUAUCAAUAUCUGUGUCAGUUCUUUCACAUUGUUAGGUAUCAACAUUGACAGGGGUAUCUCAUUGACAAAUCCUUUCUGGGUCCAGAAGCACAGACCAAUGAACUGUUCCAGGAUCUGCUGCUUCAUUCUUUGGAUUUUAUUCAUUCUAGCCGGCAUUCCCAUUUUCUUCAUGUGCAUCUCUCCCAAGACUGAACCUGGCAUCUAUGAGUCCUUUUGUGGCCUCAACAUUAAUUCUAAUUUGAAGCUUUUCAAUGAGAAAUGUCAAGAAGCAGACAAUGAGACACAAUACAGAGUUAUGGAGAUGUUCCAUCCACCGAAUCUGCAGGAGUUUAACUCUACGACAAGUCGUAUCUACACCGUCUACACCACCAUCUCAGUGUUCUCAUUCAUUCUUCCCCUGAUUAUGACCAUCAUCAGCAACCUGAUGAUAUUUCUCUCAAUGAAAGAGUCUCUUACUAAAAAAUCCUCAAGGAUCUACACAAUUCUUGUAUCUUCUGUGGCAGUGUUUUUCAUCACCAUGUUGCCCUUGUAUUUAAAUGCCAUGGUCUAUAUGGCUUCCAUAUACACCCUCAACAGUAAGUUGUAUGGCUCCACUGUGUUGGUGAUGCCACUAGUCGCUAGUUUCAAACAUAUGAACAGUUGCAUUAGUCCUAUAUUAUAUUUUCUGGUUGGAAAGGAAGCUAAAGGUAUUAUCAGAGAAUCCAUCAGCUUAAUGAAAUCUUCAGGAGCUCAGAGCAAAUCAUCCGAGUGACCAAAGAGCCAGUGACAUAUUCAAACUAGAUGAUGUGAUUUUGUUGUUUCACGUUAGCUGGACAUGGAAAUAUAAAAAAAUGCAGUGUCCUUAACAAUAAUUUUAAAUAUGAUUUGACCAUUUGUGGAACGAUGUAGUGUACGUUUGUAGAGAAAUGUCUGUGUCAUUGGUACACAUUAUUGUCACAUAACACGACUUCUACCUGAAGUUCUGCAGCACCCUAAUUGCAUAUGUAUGAGGCUGAUUAGCAUAGUCCAUAUAUGAUAGCCAGACGAGUUCACAGACUUAUAUUUACAAGAUUAUUGCGAUUUCCAACCUUGACGACUGCAGUUGAUCUUCUUGUCACAGGAGAAUGUCAGAAUACAGGACUAGAAGUUGCAAGCUAUUAAAAAACGUUGAGACUCUAUGACAACUUCUCAGUACAAUUGUUUACAUUUUCAAAGUAUCACAAGCUCUGCCCUUUUAUUCUGACAGCCAAAAACUAUUAUGGGAGUUCUGCCCAAGCAAAAUCCACAGGGGCCUGCAUACUUACGGGGGACCCAGCCAGGCUCUUCAUUGGUGCACACGAUUGCAAGGGUCACAGAACAAACAGAGCAAGCUAACGUUAAAUAUAUAAAUAUAUGUAAAAAAACAACGGUCACUUGAAACUAUAGCAUACUGGCGUAAGAAAGUCAACAGACAUAGCAUAGUCAUUAGAAAAUAAUUCCUCCACUGAAAUGUUACAGUGUUGCUCCAGUUUUCACUCUUAGGUUUUUUAACUUUACUUUUUAACAAUACUUCUUAUCUCACAAAAAUCAAUUAUUGGUAGUGGAAGUAGAGAAGUGGAAUGCAUGCCGUCUGUUGCUGGCAAACUAACAGGAAGAAGGUUGCGUCACUUCGAAUUUUGUGAAGAAGUCUAAUUGUGUUGGGCUUCCAUCGUGUAACUAAUUUAUAAAAAAGCAAGUCGUUUUCAUUAUUUAAA